AUGAACUCGAUAUUUGGGCCAGCCAAAGCUUGCCACGCCAAUGGCGCGUCAUCAUCAUCACCAAAGAGUACCAAGCCGGACGAUGAGAGUAGUUCAGAUGACGACUGUUUUAAUACGGCCAUCCAGGACCGCCUGCGGCAAAACCCUGUCCAAGAAAUCCCAAAAGAGGAAAAGGUAGAGGAUAAAGAGCAAAAGAGUCGAAGGGGACAGGAGACAGCGACCAUGUUACUAAGUCUCUCCAGCCAGCUUUUCCGAUAUCGUCGAUCAAACACGGUCUUACAUGAUCUUGUUCAGGCCAAGGCAGACCGUAUUAUUCCCAAGAACUACAACCAAGCAGUCAAACUAGCCAACUACAAGGCAUAUUGGCUGCCAGCGAUGGAGAAGCAGGUCAAGGCCCUGUAA